CAAAAUGUCCGAGAAUAAACUCCUCGACGGGUGGAAGUCCGCGUGUGGUUUCCUCUGUAAACGAUCCAGUGGUUCGCGACACUCUCACUAUGGAGGUGUGUGUCAGGACAGGUGUCUGGGCUCAACAACAAUAAUGAUUUACACUUCUGACUGCACACAGUGGCCCGGCAGAUCACGACGUCUAACGAGGGAAACGUUCCCGUUCAUCAUCGUCAUCCGCUGUGGGCGCUCAGCACUGGGACGCGAGCGUGUUUUUGCCGCUAUAAAUUAUGCCAUAACUUUGUGGGAGGUUAUAUUUACUCUCAAGUCGAGUCUCCUCCAUCCCACCAUCCCACCCUUCCUUUUCCCCUUCACCCAACCCACCCACCCGAGUGGCUCCACCCUCCAGCAGAUAUAAGCUGUUGUCCACAAGGUGUGCGUCUGUUAUGAGCACAUAUCCCAGGGUUCCCUCUGUCUGUCUGCCUGCUAUUCUGUCUGCUGGUCUGAGGGCAGUGAUUAUUUCCCCAUAAACGGCCGCUCACAAAAAGGCCUUGGCCAUGCCUCCCCUCCCUGCCCACCUCCUUCUGACACUGCUGCAGCUUCUUGUACUUACUUAUGUGAGUCGUGGGGCAUACUAUGGACACAAGCAACACCCUCAGCCGUACCAGCCGAUGCAGCACCUCCAGCACAUGGGAAUGGGCAAAGAAGGCUUUCCUCAACAACAACAACAACAACAACAGUACCUUGGAAAAGAAGUGCCCUAUAUGCAAUAUCCCCACUACAGGAAGGAGCUACCCCAGAUACCCAUGCACAAGGGCAAAGACAAUGCUCGUAAAGGGGGCGGCUAUAACGGUGGCCAAGACAAAGGUCAGACAGUUCCUAGUGGUGCUGAGGGAAUUCCCCAAGGAGAGCCAGGCCCAGCUGGACCACCUGGGCCAGAGGGACCUCAAGGUCCUCCUGGACCUCCAGGUAAUGGACAACCAGGACCUGCAGGACGACCAGGACCCCCUGGUCCAAUAGGAGGGCCGGGAGUAGGCAAACCAGGUUUGCCAGGACUGCCAGGCAAGCCAGGAGGAAAUGGUGAGACUGGACCACAAGGAGAAAUGGGUCCUAGGGGUGAAGAAGGACCAGUGGGACAGCCAGGUCCUCAGGGUCCCCCAGGACCACCAGGACUACCAGGAAUAGGCAAACCAGGGGUACAGGGAUUACCAGGCCAACCAGGACCUAAAGGAGAGCCAGGUCACAAAGGUCUGCCAGGACUUCCAGGAUUGCCAGGACCCAAAGGAGACAAGGGGAUGGGCCAGCCAGGACAACCUGGCCACAAAGGGCUCCCAGGGCUACCAGGACCUGCUGGCCCAAAAGGGCUGCCUGGUUUUGGAAAACCUGGGUUAAAUGGGGCACCAGGCCCUCAAGGACCACCAGGAGGGAAAGGACAUCCUGGAGAGCAAGGACCAGCUGGCCCAGCCGGUGAAGGAGGACAGCCUGGUCCACCAGGUGUACCUGGUCAAGGAAAACCAGGUCCAAAUGGCCUGCCAGGAGAGCCAGGCAUGCCAGGAGGGAAAGGUCAUCCGGGACCACCAGGUUUGCCAGGAAAGCCAGGACUCCCUGGAUUUGGUAAACCAGGACACCCCGGAACAAAGGGUGAUAAAGGUAUGGGUGGACCACCUGGACCUCCUGGACCAAAAGGAGAUAAGGGCCAUGGUGGACUGCCUGGUAUGCUCGGACCCCCUGGACCAAAUGGUCCACCGGGUCCUCCAGGGCCUAUGGGAACCCCAGGAGGUUUAGGUGCACCUGGUCCUAAAGGAGACUGUGGAGAAGGAGGAUCUAAAGGGCUUGAUGGAGUUCAGGGUGAUCCUGGUCCUUCUGGGAUGCCUGGUAAAGAUGGUCUGCCUGGAGCGCGUGGAGACCCAGGACCAAGAGGUCCAUCAGGACCAAUUGGUGCCAAAGGAGACAGUGGGCAUAAAGGUCUGCCUGGUCCACCUGGUCCUUCAGGACUUACUGGGCCAAAAGGACAAAAUGGAUUACCUGGUGAAGUUGGACCUCAAGGUCCUAAAGGAAUACCUGGAAUGGAUGGUGCAGCAGGACCACUUGGGCCUCCUGGUCUUAUGGGGCCAAAAGGAGAUAGCGGUGCACCUGGUCCACCAGGCAUUGCAGGUGAGGGGAAUCCAGGUAUUACUGGUCCCAUGGGACCCCCAGGGAAAGUUGGCCCAUCAGGACCACCUGGGCAACCAGGUCAGCCAGGACCUCCUGGACCACCAGGUCAACCAGGAGAAAGUGGUCUGUCUCCCGACAUGGCUGGAGUGCUCUCUGUGAUGGGCCCUGGACUAGAUGGUGUUAAGGCUGGUGGCUAUGGUAAGAAGGGCAAGUACGGAGGCAAUGGGGCAGAAGUAAUGGGUGCGAGUGGGUUGGAAAUGCCGGCAUUCACCGCGGUGAUGACAACUCCAUUUCCACCUGUGGGCGCUCCAGUCGUCUUUGACAAGCUCUUGUACAACGGUCGCCAAAACUACAACCACGAGACGGGAAUCUUCACGUGUGACAUGCCUGGCAUUUAUUACUUUGCCUACCACAUUCAUUGCAAAGGAGCUAACGUGUGGGUGGCUUUGAUGAGGAACAAUGAGCCAGUGAUGUAUACGUACGACGAAUACAAAAAGGGUUUCCUAGAUCAAGCAUCAGGGAGUGCAGUAUUACCUCUGCAACCUGGGGACACUGUGUAUAUUCAGAUGCCCUCGGAUCAGGCCGCAGGACUUUAUGCUGGGCAGUACGUGCACUCGUCCUUUUCUGGGUAUUUGUUAUAUCCGAUGUAAAACCACAAACUCCAGGGAAAGAGAGGCUUCAGUGAGAGCAAAGUGGGAGCAUAUUUUUGUAUAAUAUAAAACACCAUAAACCACCUUAGACUGAGCAGUAUUUGUAAUGUAAAGUCAACAAACUAUUGAUCCUGUCAGCAGAGACGAGAGGACAAGAUCAAAUAUCUGAAAGAAAAUCUGACGGUCUGUAUGUACAAGAUGUUUCCUUUUACAGAUUUGAAGAAUGUAUAAAAAGACAUUCACACCUCAGAGAUGGCUGCAGAUGAUUUUUUAUAUAUAGAAGAGUGCCAUAAAAUCAAAUUAUUCAGUACACAAACGCAUGAAGAAGAAUUAUGGUUACACGGUCUCAAAUUUGGUCCCUGCACCUCUUCGAAACUGGCAGCUACCCCAUGUGGUGAAGAAUGUGAAACGCAGUAUAAAACAUGACGGCAUAUUCAUUUUGUUAGGAAAUUUAUAUUUUUGCAUGCAUACCUUUGUAUAAAUACAGUUUUUGUCUCUUCAUUGAUAACAGCAGGCAUGUAGAAGCACAUGUAACCCACAAAAAACUGAGAGAACGACAGGAAAAUGGUGAACUUUAUACAAUCUAAUGCAAAAUACAGCGUGGGAGUAACCUGUAUGUCAGGUGUGUGGGGCACGGUCAAGAUUUAAUAAUCACACCCAUGAUAUAUGUUGCUGACUGACAAUUGCUCCCAGUGAGUGAGAUUCAGAAGUGUAAGAAUGUAAUAUUAAUUUUAUGUUUUAAUGUUUGGUUCCUGGGUGUAGUGUUGUAAAGAAACAUGUUUUUUUUGUGCAAAGGUCAAACAAACAAACAAACAUAUUCCCCUGAACCGUGAAAACCACUCCCAAAACCAAGAUAUUAAACAUUACACUGAGCUGCAGCAUUGCACGGACGCCGUCUGUGCACAUGUGCAGUCGUAUAGUAAUAAAAUAUAUACUUACAGGUGUGAGAGAACCAAAUUAAGUUCCACGGCAUCCUCACUGUGCUACAUUUACCGUGUCUUGCUGCCAGGUUUUACGGGGAACACAAAAUAAAUGUAUAUUGUAUCGAAUGUUGCAGCAGUCACGUCAGUAAUUUAUUAUUUUGUGAUGACAAGGACACAGAGCAUGACAACAUGUAUAUUUCUCCUUUUAACCACGGUGCUAAUAUUGUCGUUGUAACCAAAGAUUUUAUGUCUUGAUCUUGAUGUUUGUUGUUAUUAUUA